UUUUACUACAGUGAUUUAUUGAACUUCUUCAUUAGAAUAUUGAGCGCGUCGGUCGAAGAGUUCUUUCAGUUACUAAUUAUAUAGGUUCCGUCCACUAUAAAAAUGUCUGGAUCUCGCAAAUUUUUUGUUGGAGGGAACUGGAAAAUGAACGGAAGCAGAGAAGAUAACGAAAAGUUACUUAAGUUGCUCUCAGAAGCUCAUUUUGGUGACAACACAGAGGUUUUAAUUGCUCCACCAUCCGUAUUUUUGCACGACGUUCGAAAACUAUUGAAGAAGGAAAUACAUGUUGCUGCUCAAAAUUGUUAUAAAGUAUCAAAAGGUGCAUUUACAGGAGAAAUCAGAUUUCUAUUCAAUUUUAUGGGGUUGAAACCAUAAAACCGUCUUGAUUUGUUGCCAGUGCCAAAAAAUAAGAACAACAUGUGUCUUUGCCAAAGGUCAUGGUUUCACAGCAGGAAUAAACCUUUUACUACAUACUGGAUGGUUAUGUGUAUUGAAGCUACAAGUAAAUAAACAACGGCGAAUAAAGCAAAGCCAAAUCCAAUGGACAAUAUUCGGUGCAAACAUUUUUGACCACUUAAGUGCUUACUUCAAAUUUAAGAGAUCAUAGUGACGAGCUCGUUUAAGUCAUAUGUUUUGUUUGUGCUCCUUCCUUGGUUUUACGAUAUGGACUCAGGUCUUUAAUGGAUUUCUAUGGAAGCAGUCUAGCAACUUGGCCAGCUCCACUAGUCUCCGUAGUUAUUUACCAGUUUGUAUAUCUUGAGUGAAUUAAUUUGGUUCAGGGCAGUAUCGUCUUCUGAACCAAGAGUUAUCAAACUACCGGGUGAGAUAUUGAAUGGAUACCAUAUGGAUGUUUUAAAGUGAAGGAACUGUGGCUUAGAAAAGACCAUUGCUAUAGGACGUAAAUAAAGUCACUAUACAAACAGUAUAAACAAACCGAAAUGUAAGAAUGACAAAUGAACAGUGAGAAGUGGAAAAAAGUGAUAGAGGCAGGGUAAUAAUAAUGACAGAUGAACAGCGAGACGCGCAUCAACCGCAGCUAUUUUGAACUAGAGGUAGGUCAUGAUUAUGUUCGGUGUUAUUAAGCCCAUUAUCAAAAACCUAUAGUGAGGUGACAGACUACAUCUGGUUGGAUGUCAUUUCAGAUAGUGGCAGCUGUCGGUGAGAAAAAAAAUGUGAUAUCUCCCUGUUUUUUAUUCUCCUGUAACUAAGUGAAAAAAACCGAGACUUAUUGGGUCUACUGUUACAUGAUUUGUUCUUUAAUGCUAUUUCCAACUAUUUUUAACGAUAAAUCUGUAUUACUUAAAAACAAAUUACACUGUCAAAUUAGCGCAAUGCAAUAAGCUGCCUAAAUAUGUUUAAGGUAUUCAGGGCUUGACAACGCUGCCAUUUGUAAUACCUUUUUGACAGACGAUCACAAACUCAGUCAAACCAGGAGUCAAGAAUGGGAGUGUUCGAAGGUAUAUUUAAAAGGCAAUCGAUAUGAGCUAAGCUGACUAGUUGUUGUGUGGAAUACAUAGUAGGGCUUGCUCAAUAGUGAUCUGGUGCGGAUUCUUGGCUGAGCGCCUAAAACUAUGGUGUGUUCAAUAAAACUAACGAGACCAGCAUCAAAGUUGAAGAAUUACAAAAUUAUUUAUUAUGGUGAAUUAUUAACAACUUUAUGCUAUUUCUUAAAUCGCGAUUUUUGAUCUUUCUGUAAUAAGUAAGUGAAGUCAUGAUUUUUCUUUUGACAAAGUUAUUCGAAAAGACAAAAUAUAUACUGAAUACCGUUUAUCCGUCUUCGCUUCAAAUUAGUAGUAACUUAUAUAUCAACUUUAUUCUUGUUUCUCCACAAAUCUUGUUUAGCCCUGCAAUGAUAAAAGAUAUUGGUUGUGAAUGGGUAAUACUUGGACAUUCUGAGCGUAGGAGCAUUUUUGGUGAAUCUGAUGAACUUAUUGCUGAAAAAGUUCAACAUGCACUUGCUGAAGGUUUAAGCGUUAUUGCAUGUAUUGGUGAAACAUUAUCAGAGCGUGAAUCUAAUAAAACGGAAGAAGUGUGUGUUAGACAGUUAAAAGCUAUCGCAAAUAAGAUUAAAUCAGCUGAUGAAUGGAAACGAGUAGUUGUAGCAUAUGAACCAGUUUGGGCUAUUGGAACAGGUAAAGUUGCUACACCACAGCAAGCUCAAGAGGUUCAUAAUUUCCUUCGUAAAUGGUUUAAGACAAAUGCACCAAGUGGGGUUGAUGAAAAAAUACGUAUUAUCUAUGGCGGAUCUGUAACUGCUGCCAAUUGUAAAGAAUUAGCUCAACAACAUGAUGUCGAUGGAUUUUUGGUUGGUGGGGCUUCAUUAAAACCGGAAUUCACGGAUAUAUGUAAAGCCAAACAAUGUUGAACGUUUUGUCAGUCUUCUUCUUCUUACUCUUCUUAAUUUUGUCUCUUCUCGUGUCAGUUACUUCCCUUUUUGUAUUAACAACCAAAGCACAUUAUAAUUAGUAGUAUUUUAAUGUCUAAUGUAAAGAAAUAUGACUACCAGUUCGAAUUACUUAAUUAAUAUCAGUCAAGAAAAUAAUACUUGUCGAUUUAGUUCAUUAUUUCAUUUAUCGUCCCUUAUAUUUAAAUUUCGUAUGUCCUAAAUAUACCUUGAAUUAAUAAUUUAAUAAGUUUUGUAAAAUUUCGCUGGGCCUUACUUAAUAUAGAAUGUACAAAACUUA